AUGAGAAGUAUUCACUGACAUAACAAACAACACUUAAAAACCAACAAUGAGUUCAAAAACAGCCAACGAAGAUCCAAAAGGCUCAGCGGCCAUCAAGAAAAGGUCCAGAGUUCCCGGUGUCAUGGUAACUCAGUUUGUAGAGCAACUCCCUCUAGGAAAGGCAACUCCUGACUUCACGCGGAAACCAAUGGCUGUGACAACUCAGGAGGGUAAGAAAGUGUUCUUCAAAGCUAUGGUGAGUGGAGAGCCUAAACCAAAGGUCACGUGGAGCCGCAAUAAAGGGGAGAUGAACGAUCCAGAGAAGUAUAAAACCAGAUAUGAUCAGAGAACCCAGGAACAUAUACUUGAGAUUAUCAACAUAACAAUCGAGCAAGCUGAUGCCUAUAAGUGCUUUGCAACCAACGAGUAUGGACAAGCUGUCUGCACCGCCACUUUGACUGUCAUUGAUGUAGGCAAUAAAAAGAAAUCUCAAGCAGAAAAUGGGCAGCCAGUUCAGAAUUUUAGAUCAAUGCUAAAGAAAACUGAGGGUGUCAGGAAAAAAAAGCCCCCACCACCAAAGAAAGAGGGAGAAAUCGAUCCGAAACUCUGGGAACUUCUUCUCAGCGCAUCAAAGAAGGACUACGAAAGAAUCUGCCUGGACUUUGGAGUUACCGACUUCCGUUGGCUGCUGAAAAAGCUGAAACAGAUGAAAACGGAGAUGGAAGACGAGCAGUCAAAGGUUGUAGAGAAACUAGACAACGUCAAACAAAUUCAAGUGAAACCAAGUGGGAGAGCCGAGUUCAGCUUUGACAUGAAACUUGUGGACAACAACAGUUCAAUUAACAUAUACAAGGACGGGGCAGAUCUUUCAUACGAUGAUAAUACAAACUCAAAGCACAGCCUGACAAAAACAGGAAUAAACUAUGUUUUUAGUAUCAAAGAUGCAGAGCCGGCAGACGCUGGUCUGUAUCAGGUUGACGUUGAAGACACAAACGUUCUUACGACUGACUUUCAAGUGCCAGAUGUGGAGUUUGUCGCCAGUAUUAAGAGCACUGAAGUCAAAGAGAACGAAGACGCACUCUUUCAGUGCGUCUUGUCGGCGCCACUCAACAGAAUCACCUGGUCGACAGACGACUCUUCACUGGAAGACGGGGAAAAAUAUCAGAUCACUGUUUCAGAAGACAAACUAACGCACACCCUGAGAGUGAGGAACUGUCAGAAGGCGGAUAAGGGAACGUACUCUGCCAUUGUUGGCGUCACCAAAAGCAGUGCUGCUCUCACAGUGGGAGUCAAUGGAAGCGGACAUGACGACUCUAAGGACCAAAGCAACAAAAUCACAGGAAAAACUGAUGGGGAUUCACAGCAUUUGGACAAAGACAAAAACGCAGAGUCAGACGAAAAUGCUUCAAGUACAGGAGAUGGAAGUGGACUGGAUGGAGGGGCAGGUGGUGAAGGGGCUUUAGAUGAUGGCAGUGGUGCUGGUUUGGGUGUGGGGACAAGUGAGGAUCAACAUGGUGGAGAUGGGCAGGAUAAGUGUAGUUCAGGCGACGGAGAUGGAAAAGGCGCAGCAGCUGACACAACCAAAAAGAGGAGAGGACAGAGUGAUCUUUCAGGCUCUGAUGCAGUGAAAGAUCGAGGGGUUCAGUUUGUCAGUGGGCUGUCAGAUACGGUUGCUAACGUUGACGAAAAAGUAGAGCUGUCCUGCAAAUUGAGCAGUGAUACUUCUGAAGGAAAGUGGUAUAAGAAUGGGAAGCUGCUAACAGAUGGGGAUGGGGUAAGAAUCAUCAAAGAUGGAGCCUGUCACAGAUUGAUCAUUGACUGCUGUAAAAAAGAUGAUGCCGCCGUGUAUCGCUUUGAAGCUGAAGGACGCAAAUCUGAAGCAACACUUAAUGUUCAAGAUCCACCAACUAUUGAUCUGGAUGCUCUGGGAAAAUUUAACCAGCCGGUCAUUAUCAAGGCCGGUGAAAAUGCUGAAUGGAAGCUGCCAUUUUCAGGUGGAGCGCCGAUGACCAUCCAGUGGUACAAAGAUGAUGAGGAACUUUUGUCGGCAAGUAAUGUAAAGAUUGCAACAUCAGACUCAGAAAGCCAACUACGUCUUACUAAGUGUCAGAGAAAAGACAGCGGACAGGUUAAAAUAAAGAUAAAGAAUGAAUUUGGAACUAAAGAAGCAUUUUCACAACUUAUUGUACUUGACAAGCCAACAGCCCCACAAGGCCCCGUGGACGUCAUGGAAAGUGCUGUAACAUCUGUCGAAUUCAAAUGGAAACCGCCAAAAGACAACGGCGGAUGCCCAAUCACUAAUUACAUCAUAGAGCGGCAGCAGAUUGGCCGCAACAAGUGGUCAAAUCUGGGAGAGAUCCCUGCAAACCCAAGUUUCAAAGAUUCCGAUGUGGAUCCCGGACGGAGAUACUGCUACCGGAUCAGAGCAAAGAAUGCCGAAGGUGUCAGUGAUUAUCUGCAGACAGAGGACAUAGCUGCUGGUGUUUUACGUUAUCCCGGAUCUCCAUCGACACCCAAAGUGGUCAGUGCCUUUAAAGACUGUAUCAACCUGUCAUGGUGUCCUCCGUGUGACACCGGAGGAACUAAAAUCAUCGGGUACAAUUUGGAAAAAAAUAAGGCAGGCACAAAUUACUGGAGCCUCGUAAACCAGAAGGGGCCGAUUGCAGAUACAACAUAUGCCGUCAAAGAUGUCUUUGAGGGAGCAGCGUAUAAGUUCAGAGUUUCUGCCAUCAACCUGUCAGGUGCUGGAGACCCCAGUAUUCCAUGUGACACGGUUAUUGCUAGAGAUCCUAUGAAACCCCCUGGCAAAGUAAGGGACCUUAAAUUAACCGACUCCAGCUACACCACAUUUUCUUUGGCUUGGGUGAAGCCUAAGGAAGUGAAGGGAGUGGAAGAUGAAGCCCAGGGGUAUUAUGUGGAGAUCAGACCAAUAGAGAGCCUUGAAUGGAGCCGCUGUAAUUCAGUCCCAAUAACUCUGACUUCCUACACUGUGCUGGGCCUCAAGGCCAUGGCCACAUACUGGGUGAGAGUAUUAGCCACCAAUUACGGAGGUGAUGGAAAACCUCAGGGCUUUGACAAGUACAUCAUCGCCAUGCCGCCUCCUGUAAAACCCAAGUUUAAGGACCGCAACAUGAAGACCUUUAUGGUGGUGAGAUCUGGAAACACUGUUCGCCUCAACGUCAACUUUGUGGCUUCCCCACUGCCUGAUGUUUCUUGGGUAAAGGAUGGCGUUCCGGUGCCUAAACACGUAACAAUUACCAAUUCUGACAAAGGCUCCCAGCUGCUGAUUCCCACAUCUGAGAGAGCGGACAGCGGCAUCUACACCAUCACUGUGAAGAACAUUGUUGGGCAGGAAAGCUUUAAUGUUGAAAUCAGAGUGACAGACAAUCCCAAGCCUCCAGGACCCGUGGAGUUGGACCAGAAGACACCAGGAACGGUGACCCUCAGCUGGGGCCCGUCUCCAGAUGAAAAGAGAGACGACAGACUGCAUUACAUGGUGUCCAAGCGGGACUCCUUUAAACGCACCUGGAGGACAGCGGCAGACAACCUCUUUAACAACAAGUUCACAGUGGUUAACAUCAUGGCUGGACGGGAGUAUUACUUCCGGGUGUUUGCUAAGAACGACAUGGGACUGUCACCUCCGUCUGAGUCCCCUGUGUUUGCUGUCAGAAAGGAAAAAGAAAAGUUCCGUGUAAACAUGCCUCAGAGUAGGUCUGUGAACUUGGAGUCACCGCCGUCAUUUCUUCUCCCCCUGAAGAGGCGGACAGCCCCUCAGGGCUAUGAAUGCUACAUGAGCUGUGCCGUGAAAGGGGAUCCCGCUCCACGCGUGACAUGGUACCACGACAACAUCAGCCUCAACACGAACACCAACUACCACAUCACAAGUGUAUGCGGAGUCUGCUCCUUGUUAAUCCUGCGAGUGGGACCAAAAGACAACGGAGAAUACAAAGUAGUCCUAGAAAACAAACUGGGGAUGGCAGAGUCCUCCAUGACCCUGAACGUCAGAGAAUAAAGAGGAGCAGAAGCUGAGGGGAAACCUGAACUAUACUUUCCUUUAACAGAAAAAAAAAAACUCUGAUUCAGUCAAAUGAGAUGGUCCCACAUUAAAAAAGAAAGAAGUGUCUGACUUU